UCAACCUCAUUUCUUCGCCUCAAACACCAAACCCUAAUUCCUCUGCGUCUUCAUCUUCCUCCCUUCACCGCACACACUCUCACACACAUUCACCAAAAUGGGUCGUGUCAGAACCAAAACCGUGAAAAAAUCCUCACGCCAAGUAAUCGAACGUUACUACUCAAAAAUGACCCUAGAUUUCCACACAAACAAAAAGAUCCUCGAAGAAGUUGCACUGAUCCCAUCAAAGCGUCUUCGCAACAAGAUCGCUGGGUUUUCAACCCAUCUCAUGAAGCGUAUUCAAAAGGGACCAGUUCGUGGAAUCUCGUUGAAGCUACAAGAGGAAGAGCGUGAAAGGAGGAUGGAUUUCGUUCCUGAUGUUUCUGCUAUCAGGACUGACCAUAUUGAGGUUGAUAAGGAGACUCUUGAUAUGCUUGCUGCUCUUGGUAUGUCCGAGAUUCCCGGGGUUGUUCAGGUUGAUCCUGUUCCUGUUCAACAGGUGCCGUUUGGAAGAGGUGCUGGUGUUGCUGCUGGUGGUGGAAGAAGGUUUUAAGAUUUAAUGAUGAAAUGGAUCAGAGUACUUUGAAUUUUAUUUAUGUUUUUGAGAAAAAAAUUAUGUUACCGAGUUUUGGAUUUUGAAACUUGUUUAGUUGUUGUUAUGGGAUUUAUCUUGUUUAAUUUGCUUGCUAAUUAAUCUUAUGCUAUGGAAUGAUAUUAUAUAUUGGAUUAAAUUCCGUGUGAUU